GUCUGGACGUAAAAUCGCAUCGCUCCGCGCGCAGAGAGAUAUUUUCCUUCUUUUUUUACUGUGCUUUUUCUACACAAACGCAAGCAAAACACAACAAAUAAUAAUAGAAACUUUACAUGAAUUCCAAUUUAAUUGAUAAUUAAAUUGUUAAAUUAUAUUAUGUGUGAUUGUUGAGGAAAAAAGGGGAAUAUAUCGGUACAAAUAAGAGGUAGACGACGACGACAAAUCACAUUGAUUAAAAUUCCUGACAGCAAUGAAAGUGACGAAAGCAUGUGCGCUCUUACAAAUAAUAUUAUUGUUAUUAUGGUAACAGCAUAUCAUCCAACGGCAUCAAAUUCGUCUCUUUUCACGACAAAAAUAACAAAAUGAAUUGAGUGAAAUAACAGCAGUAGUGAGUUUUGUGAAAAAAAAUAGAUAAAGAUUAAUUAAAAGCUUGAACAAAAAAAAAAAAUAAGAAAAAUAAAGAAGAAAAAUAGCGCACGCAGAAAAUGACGACAGAAAAACAAUCGUCGACGUCGGAAGACGCACGAAAAAGCCUGUCGCAACCAUACAAGGAAACGAAAGCCCGGAGAUUUUCGUUCUUAGACCUCUUCACGUAUUUAUUUUGUACAGCAUCAUUAGUUAUAUCUAUUUACACAUAUUAUUACCAAUUAAGUGUGGAAAAUAAGGUCUUUAAGUGUAACGUACUAGAGAGUAGAAUAGACAUCCUCGAACAACAAAUUAGGAUAUUACAAUCUGGAUCGCCGACAACCACAACAACUUCAACGUCAAACGUCAAAUCUCUUCAUCAUGAUGAAUUUCCGGAUGUAGCAAACGUCGUUAAGAAAGUGGCUCUGCAAGAAUUCGGAUUAGAACGACUAAAACGUGACAUAUCACAGUUAAAAUUAACACGAAACAGAGAAAAUAGACAAGCAUCCAUACAACAAUCGCCCGAAUGCGUUUGUCCUGCAGGUCCUCCUGGUCCGCCCGGAAAGAAAGGCAAACGAGGCAGGAAAGGCGAUUCAGGCGAACCCGGACCUCCGGGAGCGCCCGGACCAGCAGGAAAAAAUGGUUUUCCGGGUCCGAUUGGAUUGGAUGGACCGAAAGGUGAAGCGGGUCGCCCAGGUGAAAAAGGAGCAAAAGGUGAUGGAGGCAGCGGAAAUGUCGAUGUUUUCUCCAAAGUUAAGGGCUUAAAACGAUCCGUUACGACGUUACGCGGAGGUUCUUUAGGUUAUGCCGAAAUUGUUGCAGUUAAGGAAUUGCAAGCAGCUGGCCAUAAUAUUUCACAAGCCACUAUAAUACAGAUAAAAGGAGAACCAGGAGAGCCGGGACCUCCAGGACCUCCAGGACCUAUUGGACCUGCUGGCAUUCCGGGACAUGAUGGAAGACCUGGACCUGUGGGAGAAACAGGACCUCGAGGAGAAGUUGGGCCAGCUGGCGAAAAGGGAGAUAUGGGAGAACGAGGACCGAUUGGUCCCUCUGGAUUAAAAGGAGAACGAGGCGACAAAGGAGAUCGAGGCAUCACAACGACACUCAAAGGUGACCAAUUCCCCACGGGAAUUAUCGAAGGCCCUCCCGGACCGCCAGGAGAGAAAGGAGAAAAGGGAGAUGUGGGACCUGAAGGACCAAAAGGUGACCAAGGCGAGAAAGGACCACGCGGUAAACGAGGAAAGCGGCUGAAGGACGAGGAAUAUUCCGAUGAUACGGCAGUUCUUGUUGGGCCGCCAGGGCCUCCAGGCGAACCAGGACGUGACGGAAGAGACGGAUUACCUGGAAUGAAAGGCGACAGAGGAGAACCAGGUGCUCCGGGUAGUUUAGGACCUCGUGGAUUGGAUGGCAUGCCCGGAAAAGGCGUUGAAGGACCUCCUGGAAUGCCUGGAUAUCCAGGUCCUCCCGGCGAAAAGGGAGAAAAUGGAGAUAUUGGUCCGCCAGGUUUAAUGGGACCUCCAGGACUUCCAGGACCUCCAGGUUAUCCAGGAUCGAAAGGAGACAAAGGCGACAGAGGAGAUGGCUAUCGUAAAAUGAGACGAAGACAAGAUCAUGGAGGAAGUAUGAGCGAUCAACCACACACGCAUGAGAUUGUUUAUGGACCCCCAGGACCGCCAGGCCCUCCGGGACCUGCAGGACCUCCAGGCCCAUCAGGACGUGACGGAAGAAGAGGAGAGAAAGGAGAUCGAGGUCCAAUAGGCCCUCAAGGACCUAUGGGAUUGCCAGGAAGCAGCGGUGCUCCGGGAGCUCCCGGAUUGGAUGGAUUAAAAGGAGCAAGCGGCGAAAUGGGACCUAAAGGAGAACGGGGAGAUCCGGGAUUGCCGGGCACCGAUGGAAUUCCAGGACAGGAAGGACCCAAAGGUGAUCGAGGGUUGAAAGGAGAUCCAGGACCACCUGGAAAGCGUGGUCGAAAAGGCGAUAUGGGCAACAAAGGAGAUCAAGGUGUGCCUGGCUUGGAUGCUCCUUGCCCUCUUGGCAUGGAUGGUUUGCCGUUGCCUGGAUGCGGAUGGCGCCCGCCAAAGGAGCAACAUCAAGCCCACGUACCUCAGCACAAAGACUACUUACCGGAUGUAACGAACACGGAGAACGAAAGUGAAUACGACAACAAUGAAGCGGAUGACGAUCAAGGUGAAGACGAGUACGAGGAGUAUCAAGAUCAUAAUUUGCAUGCAGAUGGAAGAUAUUAGAAAAUUUUCUCACAUUUCUUUGGUCAACAUUGUAUACUAAAAUUUUUGCGUUGUGAAUUUCAUUAUCCUUAUUGCAACAAAUAUUUUAUGCUAAAUUAUGAAUAAAUUUAUAUCAGAA